CGAGAAAAUUCGUUGAAGGAAAAAGAUAAUUCCUUUUUUUUCUCUCUCGACAUUUUUUUUGUUCCAAGUUCCAACUGAGGUUUUUGUUUGUGUUGUUUGUUCCUACGUUCUUUUGAGCCAAAGUUCCCAAAUUUACUGUAAAAAAUAUCCAUUUGAGGAAUUAAUCGGAUGAGCACUUUAGUAUGAGAAUUAAACAUUUCCGGUCGCAUUAUAGGGAACUUUUGCCCGUUCUUUUGGGUAAUAAUUUGCAUUUAGUCUUUUUUUUUUCUUUGAAGUUGAUGAAAAAAGUUCAUCUUUUUGAGUUGAAAGUAACUUUUUUUUCGUUUCAUAUCCUUCUGUAGAUCUUGUUAAAAUGAGCUUUUCUUAGCUGAAAAGGAACUUUCCCAGAAAAUAUUUUCCUGAGAAACAAACGGGGUUAGUACUCAAUAUCAUCUUUUUGGCACUGGAUAAACAAAAAAGUUCGAGUGGCAUUUGAAAUCAUUUUUUUUCUUCAUGUUCUAAAAUUUCAACUCCCACGCUUUGUUUUUGUUUUUUGUUUUUUUACAUUUCAUGUCCUCAUUCACGGCAACAAUGGAGGAAGAAAAUUCACUUGCUAGAUUACAACAAUAACCCUUUCUUUAGUGUUAAGAGCCCAUGAAAAAAGGGUACUUUCAUGUAAAUUUGCCUUCUACCAUCCCCUUUAGCUGUAGGGUCCCCUUGUGACUAUCAUAAUGUCCCAUGGACCAUAAACAAAAGUAAGUUUUUUUUGGUAGCAUUGAAUGCGGUAAAGAUGAAGGGCGGGGGGCAGGGAAGCAUUGAAGUGGUGUAGGAUAAAUAUAACUCACUUGUUUUCUUUUUUCCUUUAACUUUGUGUAGGGACAAGAUUCUUUAAAUUAUGCAGACUCCGAAAGCAAGAAAUGGGUCUUCGGAAGUGCCACAAAGGGUCUCACAUCGAGUUGUUCGUCAACUCAAACCAACCACAGUAGAGACUGGUGCUGUAUCUAGUCCUAAGUCAACUAGCAGAACUUCAAAAGAGAAGAGCCCUAAAGUUAUUGAUCGUCGGUCACCUAGAAGCCCGGCUUCCGAGAAGAAGCGCCCGAGCAGAAUAUCUGAAUUGGAAGCACAAAAUUCACAGCUUCAAGAAGAACUAAAGAAGGCAAAGGAUCAACUAAGUUCAUCUGAAUCAACCAGGAAGCAAGUUGAGCAAGAUGCUGAAGAGUCCAAGAAGCAACUGUUGGACUUGUCUGCGAAGGUCAAGGAGUCCCAAAAGCAGCUUCUCGAACUGUCUGGUUCCAAGGACACUCACGUAGAUGAACUCCAUACGGUCUCACAAGAACGGGAUCAAUCAUGGCAGUUGGAGCUUGAAGCUAUACAGAGGCAGCAGUCUCUUGACUCAGCUGCUUUGGUGUCAGCCGUGAAUGAGAUUCAACGACUUAAGGAUCAGCUUGAAAUGGUGGCUGAAUCCGAGGCUGCACAGACCAAGCAAGCAGAAUCAGCACAUUCAGAGCUUCAGAGCUUGAAAGAAAAACUGGUUGAAACUCAUUCUCUUGUGGAGAACAUGAAACAGCUUAAGGAUAGCCAGGAAUCAGAAGCUCGGGCCCAAUCAAGGGCGAAUGAAACUCGGUUACAACUGGAAGCUGCAAAAGAGACUGUUGAAGCACUUAGGUCAGAAGGCAUGAAAGCCGUUGAAGCUUACAACUCCAUUGCUUUUGAAUUAGACCAAUCGAGGAAACGUGUUUGUUCACUUGAAGGACUUGUUAACAAACUGAAGGCAGCCAUGACUGGUGCUGGUGGCAGUAUCUCUAUUGAGCCUGAUGGUAACUGUAUUGCUGUCGAUCAUCAAGCUGGAGAAAACAAGAAACCCGAGGAAUCUUGCCAGCUUGAAGCAGAGAUUUCUUCUUUGAAGUCUGAGGUGACACGUUUAAGAUCUGCUCUCAAAACUGCCGAGACUAAAUGCCAUGCAGAAGAAACCCAAGGCACCAUAGAGAUAAAGAGUGCUCAUGGACUGGUUGAGCAGAUAAAAUCUGAAGCAAGCUCGAGAGAGACCGAGCUGUUAGCUGAACUAGAGAAGGCAAACAUUAGUAUUACCGACUUGAAGGCAAAUAUGAUGGAUAAGGAAACUGAGUUGCAGUGUAUCUCCGAGGAAAAUGAUGAGCUUCGCAUGAAACUUGAGAAAACCAUGUCACGCCAACGUGAAUCCGAACUCGAAAAAGAGUUGAAUCUAUUGAACGAAACGAUUGUUGAUCUGAAGGCAAAUAUGAUGGAUAAGGAGACUGAGCUUCAAAAUAUAUCAGAGGAGAAUGAGAUGCUGAGAUUGGAAAUCAAUAAAAGGGAUUCGGACAAAGGUAAAACAAAUGAGCUAGACGAGGCAAGGGCUGCUGAGCGAGAAGCUAUUAUGAAGCUUGGACUUGCAAUGGAGGAGGCUGAUAAGAAUAACAGGAGAGCUGCCAGGGUGGCUGAACAGCUCGAGGCUGCUCAGACUGCCAAUUCUGAGAUGGAAACAGAGCUGAGAACGUUAAAGGUGCAAUCUAAUCAGUGGCGCAAGGCCGCGGAAGCAGCUGCUUCAAUGCUUUCGGCAGGCAACAAUGGAAAGUUCAUGGAGAGAACAGGUUCAUUGGAUAUCAAUUAUGAUCCAGUUAAGGGAAGGGUUGGCUUACCUUAUACCGAUGAUUUGGAUGAUGAGUUGCUGAAGAAGAAACAUGGGAACAUGCUGAAGAAGAUUGGGGUUUUGUGGAAGAAGCCACAGAAAUAGGAGACCAUGAGAUUUUGGGUACCCGAACGAAUGGCCUUCUGCUGCAGUGUAGUUUUCAGUUACGUCAUGACGAUGUCUGAACAGUGUAGUCUUCAGUUACAUCAUGAUGAUGUCCGAACAGGUGUGAUACGAUAUUUUCUUUUCCUUUUAUGUGGAUAUGUAAAAUGUGAGUGCCACGUCCUCACCUUGCGCUUGUAGGAUCAAACAUUCUCUUCACAAUGUAAGUUUUGAUUUGGAUUCUAUGGUUUUUCUAUUAAGCCGCCUGCCCAAGUAUGAUGAUCACUUCAUCA